GGGAAUGGUGCUAUCAGUCUAGACGCAUGCGAGCAGGCCUCUUGUGUAAUUUUGUUUGUUCUUUCCCUGUACAGUUGCGUAUACUAAGAUAUCCAUAGACUUUUGCCCCGAUAUCAACACAAUGGCUCCCACCACCCUCGAAAAUGCCUUCUCCGAGGACUCGUCCUCCACUGCCAUCAUUGUUCCCUCAAAACCUCCCCUAUACAUCUCCUACCAGAGACUUACCGCCGAUGUCAAGGCAUUCCAACAGCAACUGGCUGCUCUCGGCGUGACCGCUCAAUCUGCCGUCUCCAUUGCGUUACCCAACUCGUACGAAUUCAUCGUCUCUUUCAUUGCCGCAUCCUGGCAACGGGCCAUUGCGGCGCCACUCAACCCAGCAUACAAGCAAUCCGAGUUCGAGUUCUACAUCGACGAUCUGAGUUCGGCGGUUGCUCUGGUGCCGAAGGGCGCGUUUAGUCAAGAUGCAGCUUCUGUUCGCGCAGCAAGAAAGUACAAAGCCGCAAUCGCCGAGUGCUUCUACAAUGGCAAAGAAGUGGUUCUAGACGUCAGGGAAAAUGGGAAAUUAGCGGGCGAGAGCAACAAAAACGUCCAGUCAGCGCAGCCAGAUGAUAUUGCGUUGGUCCUACAUACCAGUGGAACAACAGGUCGCCCAAAAGCUGUGCCAUUAACACACCGCAACCUGCUAAGAACAAUGAAGAACAUUCAGGCUACCUAUCAAUUGUCUCCCAAGGACCGUACUAUGCUGGUCAUGCCGCUCUUCCACGUCCACGGUCUACUAGCCGGCUUCCUCGCACCGCUUGCCUCUGGAGGAUCGGUCAUUGUACCAUUGAAGUUUUCAGCUUCCGAAUUUUGGGGAGACUUCAUUGAGCAUAAAGCAAAUUGGUUUACGGCGGUCCCCACGAUCCAUGUAAUUCUCCUCAAGAAUCCACCUCCAAACCCAAAACCUCGAAUCCGUUUUAUCCGGUCAUGCUCUUCUCCACUCUCGCCCAAGGUUUUCCAUGAACUAGAAAAGGCGUUCAAUGCCCCGGUCCUGGAGGCGUACGCAAUGACCGAGGCUGCACAUCAAAUGACGAGUAACCCUUUGCCUCCCAGAAAGCGCAUACCUGGCAGCGUAGGUAUUGGUCAGGGAGUUGAGAUUAAGAUCCUUGAUCAAGAGGGAAACGAAGUUGCACAAGGUGAAGAGGCCGAGAUCUGCAUCCGCGGCGAGAAUGUUACCAAAGGCUAUCUCAACAAUCCCGCUGCUAAUGCUUCAUCGUUCACUAAGGAUGGCUUUUUCCGGACUGGUGACCAGGGCAAAAAAGACCCUGAUGAUUAUGUGAUUAUCACUGGUCGCAUCAAAGAGCUCAUUAAUAAAGGUGGUGAGAAAAUUAGUCCUAUUGAACUGGACAACGUGAUUGCGCAGCACCUAGCUGUGUCUGAGGCUGUCAGCUUUGCGCUGGACGAUGAGAUUUACGGGCAAGACGUUGGGGUCGCCGUUGUGGUCAAGGACGGACAGAAGCUCAAUGCCGAAGCCUUGAAGACUUGGAUGGGUGAAAGGGUUGCCAAGUUCAAACUGCCUAAACAGGUCUUCUUCACGGAUACCAUGCCCAAGACCGCCACUGGCAAGAUCCAACGACGCCUCGUCGCCGAAGCCAUGCUCAAGAAAGAGCCUAAGCCUAAGCUUUAGCCUUUAGCAUACUGCAUUCUGUCUGCAAUGUACAGUAGAUACCGUUUUGCAUAUAGCACAAGAUACUUGAAUAGAGCCCACGUUUUGGUACCGAUUGGA